AUGUCCGGUCAACAUCCUACCGGCAAGCUUCUGAUCAAAAGCGUGGACUUGAAUUCGCUUUCGGAAGUGCGGGCUUUCACGGACGAGAUCACGGGCCUGGUGGAAUCAAAACAACUUCCUCCAAUUUCCGCGAUUAUUUGCAACGCUUUCACAUGGUCUUUAAAUGGCCAGCGCUUUUCCAAUGAUCACCAUGAGUCUAUUUUCCAAGUCAACCAUCUUGCACACUUUUCUCUUGUCCUCAGGAUUUUACGAAACAUGGAUCGCGAGUCGGGUCGGGUUGUCAUGCUAAGCUCCGAAAUCCACGAUCCUGAGAUUCCUAUCCCACUAUCCAAGCUGGACAAGGCUGGAACUGAACAUGACAUGGGCUGGCGCCGAUAUGCGAACAGCAAGCUGGCUAACGUCAUGUUCAUGCAGAGCUUGAACCAGCGACUCCAAGAGCAAAAUCACGGUGACCGCCAUGGACCCAGGUUUCUUGUUGACUCCCGUGCUCAUACCUCUCAGCGUAAAAUCAUUCAGAUCGCAUUCAAGCUGUUCGCCAUCUCGCUUCCGAUUAUAAACAUCUUCAGCUACAGACUUCGCUCCAAUAAAGACUCUGCUCGUGACCUGAUAGCGCUGGCUGUAGACCCGAAGUACUCUUCGGUGAGAGGACACUUCGAUGGACAGAUGCCAAAUGCCGCCGCUCGGAUCAGUGAGGAUGAAGAGAAACGCGAAGCCUUAUGGAAUGCAUGCUGGGAAUGGACUGGGAUGAAUGAAGAGACGAGACCUGUGUUCCAAGGCGGUGCGCUUGAGCAUGUGCCCUAUAGACGAGCUCUUCUGUCUUAG